GUUCUAAUGAGUGUUUGCUUAGAAGAUUCUCGAUCGGAUCUUUCUCUCUCUAGGGUGGGUUUCCACCGCUGGGGUUUUUUCUCCGUUAUCGUUUGUAACGAGGAGCGGCCGUCGUAGGCGAGCUUAGGCAUACAGGGUUUCUUCUUUCGCCAUCAAUUGUGCGACUUUUUUCCUUCUUUUGCUUGGCGAGAUUAAGCGGAGGGAAGAUGAUGUUUGGUCUCUUGCGGUCGAAGGUUUUGCAGGGACAGAAGAUGGAUGCUUGGUCUCCAAUGGGCAAAGGUCAUGGACGAAGUGUGGGGCUAGAGGCUGGAACAGAUCUGGAUUCGAGGUCAUCUGUAUUAGGUGGCGACAUAGGAAGCUUGAUAAAGAACAUGAUAAAUAAGAGGCAAGGUGAGGAAGAAGCUACAGUACUGCUGGAUCGUCCCCCUCUUGAUCCGCCGCUAUGGAGUGCAGAAGAGACGAGGGUUUGGAAGCAUCUUUUUAAUUUUACAUUAUGCUUGCGAUUUAUUUUUCAAGAUCAGACUGUUUAUUUUUCUGUUGGUUACUUUUAAUAUUGUAAGACUUUUGCAUUAGGAUUGGCUGAUAGGAAGUGUGCUUUAAACGUCUUUGGCUCAUGUAAGCCCAUUAUAGGAUCAACGAGCUACAUUGCUUCUCUGAAUGUGAUUGACUCUAAAUCUGGUUCGAGGGCUAA